AUUAUAGAGAAUGGGCUGUGUGCAAUGCAAGGAUAAGGAGGCAACCAAACUCACAGAUGACCGAGACACCAGCAUCUCCCAGGGAGCUGGGUACCGUUAUGGGGCCGACCCCACACCGCAGCACUACCCCAACUUUGGGGUCACCGCCAUUCCCAACUACAACAACUUCCACGCCCCUGUGGCACAAGGGAUGGCCGUCUUUGGAGGCGUCAAUACUUCCACUCACACUGGAACCCUGAGGACCCGAGGAGGGACAGGAGUCACCCUUUUUGUGGCACUUUACGACUACGAGGCGAGGACAGAAGACGACCUCAGCUUCAGGAAAGGAGAACGGUUCCAAAUCUUGAACAGCACUGAAGGGGACUGGUGGGAUGCUCGCUCCCUGACCACCGGUGGCAGUGGCUAUAUUCCAAGUAAUUAUGUGGCUCCAGUGGACUCGAUCCAAGCUGAAGAYUGGUAUUUUGGUAAACUGGGCCGUAAGGAUGCAGAGAGGCAGCUGCUCAGUACUGGCAACCCUCGAGGCACCUACCUCAUCCGUGAGAGUGAAACCACAAAGGGAGCCUUCUCUUUGUCCAUACGGGAUUGGGACGACGUGAAAGGUGAUCAUGUCAAGCACUAUAAGAUCCGUAAGCUGGACAGCGGUGGCUUCUAUAUCACCACCAGGGCUCAGUUUGAUACGCUGCAGCAGCUGGUUCGGCACUACUCAGACCGAGCUGCGGGUCUCUGCUGCCGCUUGGUGGUCCCCUGCCACAAGGGGAUGCCCCGCCUCGCCGACCUGUCUGUGAAAACCAAAGACGUGUGGGAGAUCCCGCGGGAGUCGCUGCAGCUCAUCAAGCGCCUGGGGAACGGGCAGUUUGGGGAGGUCUGGAUGGAGAGUGCGGAUGGUUUGUGCUUUAAUUUAACGGGCGUGUGUGUGAACUACAUCCCUGACACUGUGGGCUUGAGUCACGAUGCCUGGGAGAUCAGCAGAGACGCCCUGCAGCUGCAAGUAAAGCUGGGAACAGGAUGCUUUGCUGAAGUCUUUUACGGGACGUGGAACGGCACCACCAAAGUGGCGGUGAAGACGCUGAAGCCCAGCACCAUGUCCCCCGAGUCGUUCCUGGAGGAGGCCCAGAUCAUGAAGAAGCUCCGCCACGACAAGCUGGUGCAGCUGUACGCCGUCGUGUCUGAAGAGCCCAUCUACAUCGUCACCGAGUACAUGAGCAAAGGAAGCCUGCUGGACUUCUUGAAGGAUGGAGAGGGACGAGCGCUGAAGCUGCCCAACCUGGUGGACAUGGCAGCUCAGGUGGCAGCAGGCAUGGCCUACAUCGAGAGGAUGAACUACAUCCACAGAGACCUGCGUUCCGCCAACAUCCUGGUGGGGGACAACCUGGUCUGCAAGAUCGCCGACUUCGGCCUGGCCCGGCUGAUCGAGGACAACGAGUACACGGCUCGACAAGGUGCAAAGUUCCCCAUCAAGUGGACCGCUCCGGAGGCUGCGCUGUACGGCAGGUUCACCAUCAAGUCAGACGUCUGGUCAUUCGGCAUCCUGCUGACGGAGCUGGCGACGAAGGGCCGCGUGCCGUACCCAGAAUCGGGAGGUCCUGGAGCAGGUGGAGCGGGGCUACAGGAUGCCGUCCCCCCAGGACUGCCCCGUCUCGCUGCACGAGCUCAUGCUGCAGUGCUGGAAGAAGGAGGCGGAGGAGAGGCCCACCUUCGAGUACCUGCAGGCCUUCCUGGAGGACUACUUCACAGCCACCGAACCUCAGUACCAACCCGGGGAUAAUCUCUAAACCUGACCCCCCCACACCCCCCUGAGUCGGGUUGAGCCUGGCUCAGAAAGGACUGUGUUUAAAACAUGUCUUUAUGAAGGAAACAAACUGUGACGCAGCCUGGCCUCUUUUUGUUUUAAUGACCCUCAGCUCACCCUGAGCCUUUCAGACUCAACUCCCACCUCCAUCACCGACCCCCACCCCACCCCCCCGGAGUCAGAACUCUGACCAGGCGGCCGGCCGGACUGAGCCGGGUCUGUGUCGAUGCGAUGAAACACCUGUGUUCACUGUAAAUAAGAAAAGCUUGUUUUAGUCUGAUCCUCCUGCAGAUUUUAUUUUCUCCUCCCUGAUCCAUCCAACAGGAACUGGAUCACACUCCUGGCUUCUUUCUAAACAUUAAACUGGAUGCCUCGGGAUAUAAUGUACGUUCUUCUUUUGUUUUUGUUUUUUACAACAUCUCAGAAAAUCUCCUUCAGUUCGUUUUUCUAGUUUUGUCUCUUUUUUUAUUGUCUUAUUGCGACGGCUCACUGCAGUACUUCAUAAAACCAGGAGGACUCUGGGCUACAAGUGUUGGAAACUGCUGUAGUUAGUGAGAAAAUACAGAAAUAUUCAUGCAUUCUCA